CUCGCCGAGCCCCAUCCGAGGGGGACGGUGACGACUGAUGGCCCCUGGUUGUCCCCUCCAGGCACCAUCCUCCUGGACUGCGUGAACCUGAGCCCAGCGGCCGGCAAGGUGACACCCAGGGACGUGGCGUGCGUCUCCCUGCUCGAGGCGAGGUUCCCCGAGCUGCCGGCCCGCGACGCCAUCUUCAAAGCCCUGCAAGCGGCCAAGUUUGAUGUCUCAGGGCUGACGACGGAGCAGAUGCUGCGGAAGGACCUCAAAGUCCUCUCCGGCGAUGAGCUGCUCCUCGCCGUCAGCGCCAUCUACGUGGACCUGGAGACCUUCCUGCGCCGGCCCAGCUUGCUGCAGGACCUGGAUGCUUUCUGCCAAGCUCAGGGCUACGCGGGGCUGGUGGCCAUGACGAUCUCUGGGCCGGAGGAGGAGGUGGUCCUGCCGCCCACCCCGAUGAACAGCCUGGUGGAGGAAUGCCCGCUGGCACAGGCCGUGCCCCCCCUCUGCCCCCAGGAUGUCCUGGAGCGGGUCAACCGCAUCGCUGCUGGGCAGCCCCCCGGCUCCCCAAAAUAAGAGCGGGCACCCAGUGGCUUUUGGGGUCCACACAAGGAGGUGGGGUCCCUGGGCAGGUCCCGGUGGGGUGCCCGGGCAUGGGG